CGGAAGCGCAGGAAGAUGGCGUCGGCGGCGAAGCGCCGCGCGUUGCGGGAGGCGGCGGGCAGCGAGUCCGAGUCCGAGUCGGGCCAAGGCUCCGACGGAAGCGGCGAGGACUCGGAAGAAGAACUGCACGAGGAAGUGCAAGUAGAUUUUGAAGCACACACCAUAUCUGACUUAGAUUGCGAUGGAAUCAAGAGAUUGUUACAGCAGUUAUUUCUCAAGGCCAGUGUCAACAUCACUGAGCUAGCUGAUUUGAUUAUACAACAAAAUCACAUUGGAAGUGUUAUUCGGCAAGCUGAAAUCUCAGAUGAAAGUAGUGAAGAAGAUGAUGAAGAUGGUGUUUUUGGAUUUAUCACUGUUUUAAAUCUGACUGAAAGGAAGGGAACUGAAUCUAUAGAACAGAUAAAAGAUUUGGUUCUGAGCCAGUGCAAGACCCAUUAUCCGACUGCAGCUGAGCAGCUGGAAAAAAUACUAAAUGACAACAGCAAGACUGUCAGCUUUCUCAUCAGUGAGCGCUUCAUUAAUGUGCCUCCUCAGAUUGCACUGCCACUGCACAAACAGCUCCAAGCGGAAUUGUUGGAUGCACAGAGGACUAACAAACCUUGUGGCAAGUGCCAUUAUUACCUUGUGAUCAGCAAGGCCUGUGUGGAAGCAGGAAAGAAAAAGUCACAUCAAAGGGGCAAGCAGAAAGAAGAUUUAUUGUUUGCAAAUGCAGAAGAUGAGUUCUUUUAUGAGCAAUCCAUUAUGAAAUUCAGCUACAGUGUGGAAGAGGAGAGUGACAGCUGUCUCUCUGGACGUUGGGCAUUUGAUGAUGUUCCUAUGAAACCUCUACGUAUAGUAAUGCUAAUUCCUGCUAACUGCUUAAAUGCAGUUAUGGACAAAUUCAAAGAAUAUUUAUCUGUAUAAUCAAUAUUGCAUUUUCACAAUGGACAGAUUUCCAACGAUGAGUAUUUAGCUUUUUGUCCUAUGACUUUAAUUAACAAAUAAAAUUUGAUUUUUAAACAAUGAUAUUAAAAACUUUUACAUGUAAAAUUUGAAAACUAAU